AUGGGUAACAGCAAUUGCCAAUUCUCUGUGGCUAGUGUUUACAGAGGCUUGUGCGAUGGGCAGGAGGUGAACAAUGCAGACAUCUGGAAAACAAUUUGGAGGUUGAAAGUGCGGGAGAGGAUUCGUCAUUUUGUUUGGCUGCUGCAUCAUGAAGGUGUAAAAACGAAUCACCUUUUGGCAUCCAGAGGCUUGGGUGAACCUUACUGUAAGGACUGUCCUAGGGAUGAAGAGACAUACCUUCAUGCGCUUAGAGAUUGCAGAGCGGUGAAACCAACCUGGGUGAGAUUGGUGAAUGCUAGGCACCAGACUGAGUUCUUUACAGCUGAUGCAAGCAACUGGAUUAACAUGAACAAAACAUGA